AUGAUUGCUCAUUCCCCAGCAAAUCAACCAGUAAUUAUUAUCACAAUUAAUUUUCGAUUAGGUGUAUUAGCAGAUAUGUAUUUAAAAGAAUUAUUUGAAGAAAAAUCGGAAUGGCCAACAGCUGGUUAUUAUAUGUACUUAGAUAUGUUAUCUGCAUUACGUUGGAUAAAGAAAAAUAUUCAUGAUUAUAGAGGUGAUCCGGAUAAUAUUGCUUUAUUUGGAGAAAGUGCUGGAGGACUUUCUGUUAUCGAUCUUGGUGGUGUCAAAGGAUCAGUAAAUCUUUAUCGAACAGUAAUAAGUCAAUCAGGUUUAGGUUCACCUGGUACAUAUACAUCUUAUUAUAAUAUGAGUCAGGCUUUGAAUUAUUCGAAUUCAGUUGUUCAAAAGUUAAAUUGUGCCAAUAAUGAACAAGAUAAAGUACUUUUGUGUUUACGUAAUUAUUCAAUUGAACACUUAUUGACAAUUUAUGGGAAUCGAUAUACAAGACCAAUAAUUGCUAAUUAUUUUUUUCCAAGAUAUCCUCCAUUAGCAAUUGAAAAUGGGAUGUACAAUAAAGAUCUUAGUCUUAUUAUGGGUAAUAAUGAUAAUGAAAUAGCAUGUGCUGUAAAACGUUAUAAGGGUGUUUGUGUACAUACAGCAGAACUUCCUUAUCUUUUUGGAACUGUAAGUGAUUAUCUUUCAGUUGAAGCAGCCAAUUCCAGUUGGGAUAAUUCAUCACGAAUAUUUUCGAAUGAAAUGAUUUCAUAUUGGACUAAAAUAGCUGCUAUAGGAAGACCAUUCAGUCAAUGGCCAAAUUAUGUUCCAUAUACAACAGAAAAUUUCUAUAUAACAUCUGAUCAAGAUUUUUCAACGAUGAUAUGGAAUAGAAAUUGUUUGAUUUUUGAUCAAAGUGAAGAACAAGGAAUGAAAGAAAAUGCAUUAACAUCAAUGAGUUGUUUUUAUCGCCAUAAAGAUUAUUUAUUUCGUAAAAAGACUGAAUGGUCAUUACGUUUUCGUGAUGAGUUUCGAAAAGUACAUGGUUCCAAUAAUCUAGAUAAAAUUCAACGAAAAUAUAGAAUACCAUUGUAUAUUAUUGAUCGUAAUAUUAUUUUUCAUUUACGAAAUGACGGAUUCGAUUUAUAUGUAAAUAUGAAAGGAAAUGUUUAUGAAUUUCGUCGAGAAAUAAAAGCAAGUUGUUACUCAUGUUUUACAUCUAAUCAAAUCAUGUCAGUGAAAAAGUUUAAAAACCUCUCUUCAUUUGGCUUCACCAGUAAUAGAGGUAAAAGAUCGACGGUUACAGUUUUGAACGAAUAUAUAAAUAAUAAUCUUGUUACAAAUGAAACAACAACAGAUACUUCAAUUGGCGCUUCUGAAUCGAUUGUUGUUUCUUCGACCAACAAUCAUGUAUUGCCAAACGACCAACCACCAGCAGCAUUACCAGAAGCUUCAUCAACUUUAGAUUCAAUGGAACUGAAAAAUGAUAUUGGAAAUUAUAUAAAUAAUCGAUUAACAUUGACAGAUGAUUUACGAUAUUUGCUAUUAACUCAACAUUUUAUUCCUGAUGAAAAAUUCAAGUGGCCUUUUAUUGAACGAAAGACAAAUAAUACUGUCGAGAAGCGAUUUUUACGACCAAAUCAUUUAAAUGAUAAUAAACCAUGGCUGGUUUACUCACCAUCGAAGGCUGGUCUUUACUGUGUGACUUGUGCUCUAUUCGCCAAACCAGGCGGUAUCAAUCAGCUUGGUCAAUUUGUUCUUUUACCAUGCCAACAGUAUGGUAAUUUUCGUGCGUUACUUCGCUAUCGAGUUGACGCAGGUGAUUCAGUGUUAGCAAACCAUCUAUGUACAACAAUCAAAACUGCUACAUAUAUUUCGAAAACAACACAAAAUGAAUUAAUUGAAAUUUGUGGUGAUUUAGUUCGAGAAAAAAUAAUUACUGAAGUAAAACAUGCUACAUUCUUUACUGUGAUUGGUGAUGAAACGAUGGAUGUCAGCAACAUUGAACAAUUUACAUUUUGUCUACGAUACGUAUAUGAGGAUAAAGUUCAAGAAAAAUUUAUUAGUUUCGUAUCAGCUGAAGAUCGUACAGGUGAAGGUUUGGCUCGACUAAUUCUUCAAGAAUUAAAAAAUCUUGGUCUUGAUCCAAAUUUCAUGGGAGGCCAGGCAUAUGAUGGAUGUUCGGCGAUGGCAGGACAAUUUAAUGGUACUCAAUUGACAGUAAUGCGAACAAUAUGUCGACAAAUGCAUCAACCGAAUGCACCAGCACAAACACCAGAAGAUUAUUAUCGAAUCAACUUAUUUAUUCCUGUUUUGGAUCACUUCAUUGCAUCUUUGGUUGACCGAUUCGGUGCUCAUCAAUGGUUGGCCUAUAAUGUCUCUGCUCUUAUUCCAUCAAUGAUUGAACAAAAAUCUUUCGAUGAUCUAAAAAAUUCUAUUAAUUUUUAUGAAGCUUAUUUACCAUCACGGAACAUAAUUAAAGAAGAAUUCCAAUUGUACAAACGAAAAUGGACAAAAGAAGCUCCAGAUCAUCGUCCAAACAAUGCUAUUGAUGCUUAUGUUUCUUCAACGUUACCAGUGACAACAGCCACAGGCGAGCGAAACUUUUCAACAUUAAAACUUUUAAAAAUAUAUCUUCGAAGUACUAUGACUGAAAACCGUUUGAAUGGUUUAGCAAUGAAGUAUAUACAUGCAACUGUUAAUAUUGACGUUGAACAAAUUCCUGCAGAUAAAGUCAGUUAUGAGCGUGAUACAAAAGAUGCGACAAAGAGUUAUGCAUUUACUGAUGAUGUGGGCACAAUAUCAACAAAACUUCGUGAUGAAGUAGAUGAAUAA